AUGCCAUGUGGUAACCCCAGAACUGUGGCACAAGCACUGCAACAUGUCUGGGUCACCGAUGAGAUCCUGGCGCAAGCCUUCCACCGCAUUGCUCGAGUCUCCCACGCCCACAGACGCCAUGGCAGCAACGUUCCAGGGCCAUUGGAGGCUCGGAGACGAUCGUCGAAGAGGAGGAUGGGCAUGGAGUCUAUAGGGCAUGGUGCUGGACCUCCGCCAGGUGCUGACUUUGGGUCACUCUUUGGUCUAGGUCGCGCAACACCACCUCCGGAUUUCGAGAGGGGUUGGAAGUGGGAGGCUCCAAUACCGCGCCCAUUGCGGGAAGAGCCCGAGCGAGCAGACCUACAGCGACAUGGCACCGACGAGCAAGCGACGUACCAACCGUACGGCACGACUGAGGCCCAGAAGGUACAGGAUUUCUUGAAGCUGCCACCCGACCCUAUCGAUAGGAGCAAAGAAGCCUUCGAAGCACAUCUCGAACGACUGGAGAAUGUGCAGACACUCGAACAAUCUGAUAUACAAGCUCUGGUUGCCUUCCUCGACAGUCCCUCGAACGAGCCAGAAGCUCAUCUCACCUUGCGGCUCUUCCAAUGGCUCGAAACGAAGUCCAACAUAGAGGAACGAUCUUGGCUUGCAAUCAAAAGAAGCAUCAUGUCUCGCGCGAGGGAGUCGGACAUACAUGUCGAAGAGCUCGUGAAGCUGUUCAUGUACCUGAUCUAUGAUCGGCCUGACGAGUGUAUAUUGGGAUCCUCAACGGACAAGCGGGAACAAAUUUCGGCCAUUACGUCGUGGCUGUCUCAUGUGUGGCCCGCUAGAGACCUUGGCGUGCUCGAGGACAACGUCGAAGACCCAUGGAAUGCUGUGUAUGAGCUGCUCGCUCAGCGCUUCGAACCAUCUGACUUUCCUGAGCAUUUUGGCGACAUGCUAAGGGACCGGUUCGGAUGGGCAUUGCUCCGUCAUUGGGUACCCAGGUUUACUGCGUCAGCAAACGUGUCAGCACCGGAUAGCUCUGCCGAAGACACAGCUCGCGAACAAGCUACGAUGUUCGCGAUGAAGACAUUCAAGCGCUUCCAACCACAUGACCCACAGCUAUCGAACGUCUCUGUCGAUGCGCAAGCUGUCCAUGAAGCCUUCAGCAAGCUCCCCAGACAUGAUGCAUACGUUCUCAACGGCCUCAUUGACGUAUUGUCACGUAAGGGGCUUCCCUACCACCAGGUGGUCGCGCAGAUCGUGGACGUAUACAUUGCAACACAGCCCAAUAGCACGACCAAAAACCUCUUCAUCAACCUCCGCCGAAGGAAGACCAAUCAGCCUGUUCCUCUCGAAACUGCCACGGAACUUAUGCAGCACUUCCUCGCAUCCGGCUUGCCGGUCUACGCACUCUAUGUCUUCGAGUCGCUGCCCAGCAUACCUCUGCGGAUAUGCUACGAUCUACCGGUGAAGCUUAUUGAGGAAGCCCCUCAGAUACAUCAAGACAGGAUCUGGCGGAUCCUCUGCCGCUCCACUUCCGAUGACAAGGUCCCGCUCGAACUACGUUGGCGCAAACGGAAUGCCCUCACCCCAGAGCAUGUUGAGACAGUGCACAAAGUCGCUUAUGCCUGGGCAUCCUCGACAUACAUCAGCCCUCGCAUGGCUUUUCGGCGUGUUUGGGAAUGUUUCAGAUUCUUGAAUGAUCGCUCUGCGCCAAUUUCGCCCAUGUUAUCCCGAGCAAUGGUCAAGGCCGGGAUCAUUCGUCCGCUACAGGAAACAAGACGUUUGAGCAAAGCACAGGUGCGGUAUGUCAUCGGCGUGAUUGAGGGAGUUGAGGGAGAGGGAACAGCGGUUGAAGUCGAUCGCAUGGUGUUCGAGCACUGGAACCUUGUGUUGCAAGCCAAAGGCUAUCGCCCCGGCAUACGGCAGGACCAGGAUGGCAAAUACUGGCUCCACAAUCGUCAGCUGUGGCAGAAAGACUGGAUGAAGCGCGUUCCUCCUCCCAAAGCAAUUGACGUCGAAGGGCUUCCAGGAAGGAGGUUGACUCAGCAUUAUAUGAGAGUGCAGACGACGGAACUGGAACAGAAAGACCAGGUCACCUUCCAGCCAUUUGCGAGCUCCGAGCCCCUGGUGUCUGCCGACCUUUCCAAUGAUAUCGAUCCACCAGGGAGACACCAAUAUAAAGCCCGCAAGAGCGCUCGUCGCGAGGCAAGGCAGCGGGAACGGACGAGCGACGGGAGCGUUAGGAUUGUGGAUCCGGGCGGUGGGAGGUGGAACACUGCGUGA